GUUUAAAAGAUUUUUAUUUAACGUUCGAUGAUCGUGACACCAUUGUAAUGCCAUUAAUCAAUGCUUAUGAUUGCAUCUUCACACGAUUAGCUCAUGUAUCUCAUCCUAACAAAGGUUUGACGUUUGAAGACUUAAUUGCAAAAUUAAACAUUUUGGCGAAACAGUAUAAAGAACAACGAACAAGAGACACUGAAGACGAAGAUGAAAUAAAUCCAUAUAUUAAUUUUACAAACAUAAUUGAACGAUAUAAAGUUCGUUUUCAUUAUACAAAUUCUUAUCCAUUAUUUGACAUUAAUGAUUUUUCUUUUAAUGAUAAAUUAUCUGGCACAGCUAUGAUUGCCUAUUUGCGAUAUUGUAGUUACAACUAUUAUGAAGCAGCAGCAUUUUCAUUAUCAGCUCUAUUAGAAAACGAAGAAAACUUCAUAGAAAAUUUUCCACGUAGUAUAACAGCUUUACAAAUAUCCAUAUCUACAAAAUAUUGUGAUGAAAUUAUUUUAAAUUUGUUAUUUGAACAAGGUACAAAUUUGAUUGAGUAUCUAACAAAUUUAAAUGAACCGAAUGAUGGUAAAAAUGACGAAGGAGAAGAAAAAGAUAAUAAUCAACAUUGGAUUAAUUUUAAUAUAAUUAAAUUUAAUGGAAAGUUUUUUGUAUUUAUUAUUGAUUCAUUUGAAUGUAAUGUACUACAUUACAUUCAAAUUUCAAGCAGUAACUGCUUGAUGACUGAUUGCACUAUCUAA